GCACCGUCCAUUAGUGCGAUACGUUGUCGCGCUCGUGCAUGUUUGCAAUAUUCGCGAGAACAGCGAGGAACAUGGGCCUAUACAAGAGCAUGAAUAUAUGUUCGCUGGUGAUGCUGCUGCUGCUGUGUGCGACUUUUACAGUCAGUACUCAGGCCGCAAGCAUAAACGAUACCAGUCUCGAAAAUAUGCCCGAUGAAAUUGACAAUAAUAAAACAAAACAAGUGAUACAGGAACUUAUCAAGAUAAUAAACUGCGUAAGGAGUACGAAAGUUACAUGGCCUGUUAUAGAAGCGUGUGUCAACGUAAUCAAAAUAUACAUGCCCAUGUCAAAUUUCAACUAUAUGGACUAUAUUUAUCCAAUGGCCAAAGGGUUAGCACUUCUCGACGAUUUGAUGAAGAUAUACUUUCCCUUAUUCAUGCCGAUUUUCGGAUCACUUCGUUAUUUAACGUACUAAUAUUAUCCAAACGCGGCGAUCCAUCAGCGACGUGUGACGGAUUCCAACAUAGCGCGUGUAUGUGGUGUAACAAACGGUGUGGCGAGUUGUGCAUCGCCGCAUACAUUUUGAGUACCUAGAAGAGCGUUAUCGACUAAUUGUAACAAUGAAAAGCAUGAUGAGAAAAUGCCGUGGAGCGACACGUGUGCACCGAGCGGAAUAUAUUUCACGGAAUACCGCAUUUCAGAAGUGUAUACGCGCAACCUAUAUUUUUGUUUGUAAAAAUGUGCGUCGCGCUCGGGUGCAAACGGCUGAAUAAAUAAUCUUGAAGUGCUGAAUAAA